UUAAUAUUUACGGUUCACACAAGUCACCUCCAUCUAAUAUUAUCCAUCCCCAAUAAGGAUGAAACUGGGCGGUGCAAAUCACAUCCGGGAAUUUCAGACCACAAGAACACAGAUUGAGAAACAGACGAGCAGGUUAUCCUUCAAACCAAACUAACAACUUCCUCUGAGUGAGUUCAGCUACAGUAGAGAAAAGUGUAAUACUGCAACACUGCUGCUUCAACCUGCUGACACUCCACGCACUGAAGCUUCACUCAGAGACGAAAUGGCUUCCAGAUCAGUGGAGGAUCUCUGCUGUCCGGUCUGUUACGACGUCUUUACAGAUCCUGUUGUUCUGUCAUGUAGCCACAGCUUCUGUGAAGACUGUCUGCGGAGCUGGUGGACGGAGAAACAAACACGAGAGUGUCCACUUUGUAAGAAAAGAUCUGCAGUGGACCCACCGUGUAACCUGGCCCUAAAGAACUUGUGUGAGGCCUUCUUACUGGAGAGAGAUCAGAGAGCUUCAGAGGCUCUCUGCAGUCUGCACUCGGAGAAACUCAAACUCUUCUGUCUGGAUCAUCAGCAGCCGGUGUGUCUGGUCUGCAGAGAUUCAGAAAAACACAUCAACCACAGAAUCAGACCCGUCGAUGAAGCUGCACGACAACACAAGAAGAAACUUCAGGAAACUCUGGAGCCCUUAAAGGAGAAGUUAAAGCUUUUUGAACAAGUUAAGGUGAAGUGUGAUCAAACAGCAGAACACAUGAAGGUCCAGGCCCAAUGCACAGAGACGCGGAUCAAGGAGCGGUUUAAAAAGCUCCACUAGUUUCUAGAAGAUGAAGAGGUGGCCAGGUUGGCUGCACUCUGGGACGAAGAGGAGCAGAAGAGCGAGAGGAUGAAGGAGAAGAUGGAGGCUCUGAGCAGAGAGAUAGCAGCUCUUUCAGACACAGUCAGAGCCACAGAGGAGCAGCUGAGAGCUGAAGACAUCUCAUUCCUGCAGAACUACAAGGCUGCAGUGGAAAGAGUCCAGCAGCGCCCCCCGCUGGAUGAUCCACAGCUGCUCUCAGGAGCUCUGAUAGACGAGGCCAAACACCUGGGCAACCUGAGCUUCAACAUCUGGAACAAGAUGAAGGACAUGGUCUGCUACACUCCUGUGAUUCUGGACCCAAACACAGCUUACCCAAACUUCAUCCUGUCAGAAGAUCUGACCAGUGUGAGACAAGGAGAGGAACAGCAGCUUCCUGAUAAUCCAGAGAGGUUUGAUAAAUAUGUCUGUGUCCUGGGCUCUGAGGGCUUUAACUCAGGGACUCACAGCUGGGAUGUUGAGGUUGGAGACAGUACAUGCUGGUUUCUGGGUGUGUUAGCAGAGUCCGGCCAGAGGAAGGGAGACAUAGAGUCUGGAUUAUGGGGAACAGGGUACUAUGAAGGCGAAUAUGUUGCACGAUCAUCAUCAGAUCACACUGAACUGGUAGUGCCAAAGAAGCUCCAGAGGAUCAGAGUGACCCUGGACUGGAACAGAGGAAAGCUGUCGUUCUCUGAUCCUGAUACUAACACAGACAUACACACCUUCACACACACUUUCACUGAGAGGAUGUUUCCAUUCAUUAACAUUGCUGAUAUAGUGAAGAUAUUACCGGUGAAGGUGUGUGUGACAGUGGAACAGAGCAGAUAGA